AUGCCACCGCAUGCCCCAUCCGCCACCGCGCUCCGCGCCCUACGCUCGCUGGCCUUCCCCCAACGGCCUUCCACCACCACCACCACUACCACCAAAUGCCUCUCCGCCAUCAGCACACCCAAAACCUUCUCUUCCCCCCCGACCCUCCACCCCCACAACCGCCCUAUAAGCACGACCCCCCACCUCCCCUCUCAAAACCAACAGACUUCAACAAAAUACCAACCCCGCCGCCGCACCCCCCAAGACCGCAAUCCCAACGCCCCCUCCCCGACGCGCGACCGCGGCCCCACAAGCAGCGAAGACACGCAGACCGACUUCUCGGCCAUGGACAUUUUCAACACGUCGCAGACCCCGCAGCCCGCGAACGCCGUCGACGCCUGCACGCCCGAGGGCUUCCACCUGAGUAACGGCCUGAAGACCACGUCGGGGAGUGGAUUGCUGCUGCUGGGCGGGGAGGCGUUUUCGUGGGAGCCGUGGAACGCCACUACCACUGGCACUGGUCAAAGCGCAGAGACGAGGACGGGGACGGGGACCAAGGGAGUGACGGGAGGAGCUGCUGCUGCUGCUGCUGCUGCCGCUGCUGGUGGUGGUAACGGCAACGGCAGUAUGCGGGACAAGAGAGGGAUGCUGGUGUUGCCGCCGGAGGCGUUGUCGCUGCUCGCGCAUCUGUAUCCGCGGCCGGACUUGUUGGUUUUGGGCACGGGAGAUAAAUUGCAUCCGCUGCACCCCAGCACCAGGGACUACUUGAUGAGCGAGCUGGGCAUGCGCGUGGAUGUCAUGGACACAGCAAAUGCCAGUGCUGCAUACAAUCUACUCGCAACAGAGAGAGGACUGGAAGCCGGUGGUGUUGGUGCUGCGUUGUUUCCAAUCAGCUGGCGGGGUUAA